AUGGCGAAGCUGCUCGCAACGUUCAAAGCCACGGUGACGAGGAUUCUGUUUGCCGCCCACGGAUUCAUUGCGAUCUGGCAGGUGACGCAGAACAAGAAGGAACCCAUCUACUGGUGUCUGUGCGCCCCGAUCGGGGUGCUCUUUAUCGAGGGCAUCUUUACGCUGGCGAUCAAGAAGAACCAAGAAUGGCGCUGGUUCUGCCCGUCGGUGUUCCUCUACCUUUCCAGCAUCGUGCCCGCGAUCUGGCUGCUCGAGCUGGACAAGCUGGACAAGCGCACCCGCUACCAGGACCGGAUGCUGAACGAGACGAUCAAUCUGGCGGCGACGGUCGGCAAGGAUCUGAAGGAUCUGAACAAGAUGCUGGGCGUGAAGAUCCAGCUGCCCGACAUUCAGCUCACCGCCGAGAUGUGGGUGACGCUGAUCGAGCAGUUCCUGAUGCUGGUGCUCAUCAUCGGCCGGUGGAUGCUGCCGAAGGGUGACCUUACCCGGGACCAGCUCAGCCAGCUGCUGCUCGUGUACAUCGGGACGGCGGCGGACAUUAUCGAGUUUUUCGACUCGUUCAAGGACGCGAAGAUAGCGAACGAGCCGGUGCUGGUGCUGCUGACGCUCAGCAUCUGGUCCUGGUCGCUGCUCCAGUUCACGAUCGUACUGUCCGCGACGAGGGCGCGCAAACCGCGCGGCGGUGGGGCCCAGCUGCGCGAUGGCCAGGCUGACGAUGCGAGCUGCUGCAAUGUGGCGUGCUGUAACAUCGAUGUGUGGGGCAUCGCGCUGAACAUACUGCUGCAGGACGCACCGUUCCUAACCUUUCGGCUGCUCAUCAUCGUGCACUACAAAAUCAUCACCUACAUGAACAUCUUCUUCACCUGCAAAAAUACGCUCGUGAUACUGCUCCAGCUGUACCGGCUGUACGUGGUAAACUCGGAAAAUCGGAAAGCGGCCGCCACCAAGCGGCGCCUGAAGAUGCGCAGCAAGGCAGAACAAUCAGCAAGCCGGCAGCAGCAGCAGAAGCAGCGAAAAAUCAGCAAAAGAAAAGUAGCCGACGUUGGAGACGACGAACCGGACCAGCUGGACGCUGGAAGAAAGUCAAAGUCACAUUCGCGGAAAAGUCGGUCGUCCUCGUCCCGCAAGGACACUGGCUACUCGACGGCCAGCAGUCAGACGACGGCCGAGCAGCGGCGGCUGCGGAAGUCGACGGCGAAGCCGCGGCCCGGUACCGAGUCGGAUGGGGACGAUCCAUUGCCACCACCGAUCUACAGUGACGAGGAUGAUGGUGGUGAUGGUGAUGAUCGCAACCAAUCGGAUGGUGAGCGUGUUGGACGCCGGUCAAAGGAUGGCAAGGACAGAAAGUCUAGCUCGCGCCACACGGACAGCAACAAAACGGGCGGCAGCAGCAGCAGCCGAAGAAAGCAGCGAACCUCACUUGAUAGCGAUCGUAGCGAGGAUGGUGCAGACACGAGACAGCAGCGCAAAGGCCGUAAAGGAGCUGACGGUGCCGGCGGUAGUUUCGAGAUAAUACACGAAAAAUCGUCCACCGGACAGAAGAAGCAGCAGCAGAAGAAGAAGAACAACAAAUCCAAACGGCCGGCGUCGGAUGAGCUGUCCUCAUCGUCCGGUGCUACGACGAGUGGGUCCAGCUCCGGAUCGGAAUAAAUGUACACACACACACACACACUACCGGUGUGCGGUUGGUUGGAAAAUUUGACUACCUUCGGGAGAGAUCCUUCGCGGUAUUGGGUGCCUUGUGGGCCCGGACCGUGCCCGGGAAGCGUAAAUAUUUGUUCGGCUGUUCAGGAAGGGAAAGCUACAAAUGCAUACCACCGUGCUUGAGGAUAAAUCUCGGCUGCAAACAAAAGCCUGCAAAAGUGUGCCACCUCAUCCCCUGCCCAGGGAUGCUAGCAGUACUCUGUGCAGCUUGGUUGGAAUCUGUGUUUUCGUUAAAACUAAGCGAGUAGGAAAACGUUGGAUGCAAAAAUCUAGUAAGAUUUUUUGGUCAGAUUAUUCGCAAGCUUUAAACCGUCUACAGGUUUAUUCCAAUGCGAAUGGAGAUAUGGUGCGUUUGAUAAGCAUUUGUUAUAAUAGGACCGAAAGGGUGUAAUUAAAUUUUGCAUAAAAAAUACGACACGAACAAACAAUGAGCACCGCUGUCCAGUCCAAAAAGCCCAGUGCCUUCAUAGUGGAUAUUAAUAGUGGUAAAGCACUGGAAGCGUUAUCUGCCUUUUUUUUUUUGUUGGUUUUGUAUGCCCACAUCGUAUACGGCAUUUUCGUUUUUUUACGACACAACAAAUAACUCCCCGUCAGGAAAGUGUCCCCAGCUGAGAUACUGCCACCGGCAGAGCCUACGACCAUUUCGGACACCGCAGUGGUCGGUCAUUGACAACACGUGACACGGGCUGUUUCCCAUUCCCCAUGGCACGCAGCAAGGCGACAACACAACGAAACCACUCAUUCAUCGUUGAUGUGCAUCGCACGCGCUUCGAUUGUGCGGAAGAUAAUGCUUGCCAUUGAUAGGCCGUAUCGGCAUAAUCGGCACGUACGCAACACCACGGACGAAAAUGCCGUCCUCCAACCAUCAUGGAGACGCCUGGUUGCCCGUGUGCGGGCGUUCCAUUUGUUUCGCUUUUUUUUGUGGACUAAAGCUAAAGAGGGGCAAAAGCAGAUGAUUGUCUUUUACAUUGAUUCGUUGUGCAGAGGGGGGGGGGGGGG